CCACAGAAGCAAAUUCUAUACCUCUUGUUACAGUAAUUUCUAGCAUACAGCAAUAGUUUGAGAGAAGAAAAAUGGAGAGGAAAAUGAUGGGAUGUGGGUCUUGGUUUUUAUGGAUUCUUGGGCUAGGGAUCAUUUUGGCCAUGGUGGGUAGCCGCUGCGUGCAUGCUACUAUAUCGUGUUUCGAUGCCAUAGUCACAUUGACGCGUUGCAAGCCCUUCUUGACGGGUGGUUCGCGAUUCCCAAGUGUUCUUUGCUGCGUAGGCCUGUCUAACCUGAAUCAUGAAGCUUCUACAACCAAAGAUCGUCGGGACCUUUGUCAUUGUUUGAGGGAUGCUGCCCCUGGCUUUGGGGUCAUCCCAGAAAGAGCUAAGGAGUUGCCUCAAAAGUGUGGUGUUCAAAUUCGGGUGCCCAUCGACCCGGACAUUGACUGUGAUACAAAACAGCUUAUUGCCUUUGGAUUUCUCUCUCCAUUGCCCUCAGCCAUGGUGGAUCUGAGGGAUGAGAAUAAGAAGAUGGUGGCAUUUGAGAGGAGUGAAGCCGUUGUUGUCACGGAUUGGAAAAGGAGGAUUUGGGAGAAUCUUGUGAGACUCCUGCGUUGCCGAGCUGACUGUAAUUCAGAUACGGCGAAGAAAACCCAAUUCCCUACGGAUCUUAUUGAGGAAAUUCUUGUAAGGCUCGGUGUCAAGUCUCUACUUCGAUUCCGAUGCGUAUCCAAGCAGUGGUUUUUUCUACUUUGCAACCAACAAUUCAUCACAAGACAUCUCAAAAUCCUGACUUCGAAACGCACUCCCCAGGAAUUUAUCGUUGAAGGUCUUGAAGAUACAAACUUUGCCAUCGGCACUCUAGACGACAAUCCUGAUGGGAUUCGCUUUCGACUCCUGGAAACCAACCACCUCCAGGUGCAGCCUUUGGAGGAUAUUUGGUGCUUAGGGCACUGCAACGGCCUUGUGUCUGCGCACUUGUAUUCCAUGGAAACCAACAGGAGCAGCAUCGUUGUUUGGAACCCUUCAACCAUGGAACAGAGGAGAUUUCCUAUGCCGCAAUGUUCUCCGAAGUGUAUUCAACUAUUCGGGUUCGGUUACGAUUCGGUAAGUGAUGAUUACAAGCUCGUAGUAGCCACAACUCCUGUAUUUGCAAGGAAACUAGAUAAGAUCCAGAGCUUGAGCCUGAGGACGGGUUUAUGGAAAACUGCUCCAUGUGAGGCAGGCUACUCGUUUGGUUUAUCAGGUUCAGCUACAGACGGGAAACAUCUCAAAGGCUGCAUUUACUGGCUUAUUAAUCGUGAACUACGAUCUAAUUGUGGAAUUGCAAGUUUUGAUUUAAGCACAGAUAGAUUGAGAGAAGAGGAAUCUUUAAGCUGGAUACCAUCCAGCAUAUCCGGAGCGUGUAUUAGCUUGGAGCUUUCAGGAGAGUCUCUUUGUCUGGUAGUGUCUCCGGACGAGGUUACCUAUGAUGUGUGGAUCAUGGAGGAAAAUGUGGUGAGACGUACCAAAUCUUGGAUUAAAUUGUUCAGUGUUAGUAGCACUGAUGACAACUUCAACGCUUCUUUAAAUGAUCGAUUGGACCGGGAUGUGAUGACUCCAGUCUGUUUUAUUGGAAACAGAAAAGUUUUGAUUUUUUGGCAUUCAAGACAUGAAUAUGCUCUGUAUGACCUCGAUGAUCAAUCAGUUAACAAGGUUGCAGAAAUUGGCAAUCCCAUUAUCCGUUCCUGGCCUAUGGGUCCAUAAUCCCAUUAUCCGUUCCUGGCCUAUGGGUCCAUAUGUGGAGAGCUUGGUCUCUCUAGGUAGAUGAAUUCAAUCACUGAAUUCUAAUUUUAUUAAUGUUAAUUUUUAGUGUUAUCAUUUAUGUUGCUUUUGUCUAGUGUUACCAUCUUCUCUAUUUUGGGGUAUGGCUAAUGAUUGGAGAGGGUGUGCUAGUGUUGAGUCUUAUGGCUGGGAUAUGAGAAGUGAUCAGAGGUAGUUUGAGUAUUGGGGUAGUUUUAGUAAACUGAAGUGGAUUUGUUGAGGGUGUUUAUUCGGGUGAUAUAAGUUGUAAUGAGAAUGAUGGAGCCAUUCUGCCAGCUAUUCUUGUCUGUAAGCAGGAAUUCUGUGUGGUUUCAGCAAGUAAAAAUUUGGUU